AAAACUGUCGUGUGUAAGACAGAUUGUAUAACUGAACGCAUACAAAGGUGAGAGUUGGCCAAUGAAAACGUGCGUUACACAGAAAUCGAAGAUACCGGUUUAUUUCCUUCCCGCGACUUUGAUCUUAAUAUAUUGUUUCUCGCUGUUAUCCUCUUAACAGGAAGGAAAUUAUUUGCGUGUAGGGAUACACCAUCAAUUGAGCUCAUCAUCUGCACGACGAUUGUCGGGUUGCCGCUUUAUUUUCUACUGUAUCCGCUAUGGCAGAUCAACUAACAGAAGAACAGAUUGCAGAGUUCAAAGAGGCUUUCAGUCUUUUUGAUAAAGACGGUGAUGGAACCAUUACAACAAAAGAAUUGGGGACAGUGAUGAGGUCACUGGGUCAGAAUCCCACAGAAGCAGAACUUCAGGAUAUGAUCAAUGAAGUGGAUGCUGAUGGAAAUGGUACAAUAGACUUCCCAGAGUUUUUGACCAUGAUGGCAAGAAAGAUGAAAGAUACAGACAGUGAAGAAGAAAUUCGAGAAGCAUUCCGAGUAUUUGACAAAGAUGGAAAUGGAUUUAUCAGUGCAGCUGAGUUGAGACAUGUGAUGACAAACUUAGGAGAGAAGCUCACAGACGAAGAGGUGGAUGAAAUGAUCCGAGAAGCAGACAUAGAUGGUGACGGUCAAGUUAAUUAUGAAGGUAUGUUGAUAAUAAUGAAAGGAAUAGAUCUCUAUGUUGUACUGAACCAUUCAGAGAAGUUCAGCCAUCCUACAAUGUUAAAAGCCACCUACUUUGAAUAUUAUUAUGUAGAAAAGAUUUUCCUGUAGUAGGUUAUAUUCUUUAUAUAUUUUUGCUGGAUAAAUAUUUAUGUCAAAGUAGAAGUUUUGUAAUCAUUUAUGGCAUGAACAAAUUCAUUAUGGUUCAGAUUGUUUUGUAUUGUGCAUAUGUUAGAAUAUAUUAUGAUAGACUGAUGUAUUCAAUGGCAUGUUGCUUACCUGCAUGAUACCUUGGAAGUGAAAUUAUGUUCAAAGUAUGUGUUUCAAGUUAAGAGGGGACAGAAUACUGGACGCUUUUCUUUGAAAAUGGGUGAUGUGUAUAAUUCUAUAAAUGAUUUGUUUGGUAAGGUUUUGAAGAAAUCCUUGUAGUAUGCUGGAGCUGUUCCAAAACUAUUGGACUAGUGUUGUACUGAUUAUCAGAAAACUUAAAUUGUUGACAAGAAAAGGAUACUAAUUUCGAUAAUCGAUUUUUUCCAUAAUCAAUCAUUGAUGUAUAUACACUUUUAUAGAAUGCCUUCUGUAAUUAGCCCGUUUCUGCUUCUGCAAAGGCUACUAGCACAAAACCCCGAAAAUUGCACAUGUAUCUUGGUGCAAAAGCAUCCAUUAUUAAAACAAGAUUGAAUAUGAAUUCCAAAACAAACAUAACUGCCAUUCAUGGGCGCAGUUUCGGACGUCUGUGCGACGACCCAGUUCACUUUUAUCACAUGACUUUUUGAUAUGGUUUGUUUUGCGAAACAAGUGGGAAAUCGACCAAAUUUCUAUUAAAAUGUAAAACAAAAAUCAUGUAUUUUUCAAAGAACAUCAGCAUAACAGAUUUCAUAUAUAUGUAACCUAUGUCAGUUUAAAAUCAUAAUUGAUUAUCAGUUUUCUAUUCUAAUAUUUUGUUCUCAAAAAUUGCAAACUAAGCUAUAACUUUCACAGAGAAGCAGUGUUGGAAACUAAAAUACCAGAAACUUACUUCUUACCUCACUAUUUUAUGCUAAUUGAAAAUAAAACCAGGGGUGUGAUUUUUCUUCUUUUCAGAGGAAAUCCUCUGAUUUGCUCAAUUUUCAAAAAAAAUGAAACACUCUGGAAUUGAUCUAAAGUGGCAGGAAAUGAUAUUUUUCCAGAUAGGGUGAGGUGUUUUCCUCCCUUUUUGACCAGUUUUCCUCUGAUUUCUGAGGAAUUCAGGAACAUCCCUGAUAAAACUCUUUUAAUGAAUGAAAACUGGAUAAUUCACGAGCAAGAAAAUGUUUAACUCCAUUUUCUGCUGUAUUGUUUAGCAUAUGCAAAUGUAGCAUGGUAUUUUGAAAAUAAUCUUGACUGACUGAAUUCAAACUAAGAAGAUGAAAAUGACACAAUGAAUUAAGAUACUUAGCUUUGUGAUUAUGAUGAGAAUGAUUAUUGGUUGCAUGGAAUUCUAUUUGAAAGUUAUGAAGUAAAAAAUUAUAGUGCUUGUUUUACAUUGUGUGAAAACUUAUUUAAAAGAAAUGAAAGGGAAAUAACUGUUUACAUAUAAAUGAAUUUACAUGACCAAUGUAAAAUUCUGAUUUGCGUUUUAAAGAUAAUAUUCCCAUGUUAAUGCAUGAUGCUGAGUUUUGUGGUGUGUUCUUAUUUCAGAAUUUGUGGCAAUGAUGACAUCAAAGUAGAUAACUACCAUCCAUAGUGUGCCUAGUUUGUUGGACCUAUAGAUCAGAAUGAUUGUCACUGCAGCUAUAUGGCAUGUCAGGUGUUAGAAGAAUGGCAAAUGCUUGUAUAGCUAGGCUUACAGUUAAAGACAGUCUACCAUUAUUUCACUCUUUAAUUAUUGUGUUGCUCUGAGGAUCAAGGAACAUUACUUAGUGCUAGUUAUUAUGUGUACCUUCCUAACUGUUGAUAUUGUUAUUAGUUAAGGUGCUAUGUCUUGGUGCAGUUGUGCAUCUUGCCUCAUUGUCGAAGUUAAGGCACAGAUAAUGAUAAUCGGUAAAUUCAGGAUAAAUUAUUUAAAGAAAGACUACAUAAAUUGGAACUAGUAAUUGUUGAGGGAUUGUCAAAUGUUCUUUUUUAUUUAUUGCAGAGUUUGUUACGAUGAUGACUUCAAAGUGAGAGAGAAAUUUUGAUAUUUUCUGUUCUCUUUAAUUUUGUAAUAAUUGCAAAUAAGAAAACAAUUGUAGAAAAAGUGUUUGUUCAAUAUUUUGAAAAUUAAAAAAAAAGAAGCAAAAACAGAAGAUAAUGAGAAGUUUAUGAUAGAAACAAACCUCCUGUUUGUACAUUUAAAUAUGUAGCUAGUCAUAUUGUGCAAUGCAGUUACAGUUUCCGUACUUAGAUCAUUGAUGGAAUUUAGAAAUUCUGACCACUUUUGUUAGCAAUGUCUGUUGAUCUUUAUGAAAUGGAGUUAGAAGUAUGGUGUUCACUUUAAUUUGUAUUACAAUUCCAAAUGGUAUAAAAGAUUUGUUUAUUGUUUCUUAUUGAUAUAUUUUUCAUUAUUUUAUAUUUUAUUUACUACCAUUACUGUAUAUGAAUUCCCUCAUACAAAGAUACUGGUUGUUUACCAGGUCAGGAUAAUAUCAUUGAAGUAUUCUUAAUCAUUUCGUGUAUGAAAUGAGUAAUCUGAUUAGAUAAUAAUAGUUCUCAUUGAUGUUAUAUUUUUUUCUACGUUAGUGCACCAAACAACGCAAAAUUACAGAAUUACUACCUUUAUAGACAAUUUAUUAACAGUUCUUGUUCAUCAGAUGUUCAUCCUUCAAAUUCAGGAAUGCACGUCAAGUGUAUAAGUAUUGUUACGUCACCUAUCAUGUUGUUUAUAUCUUCAUAACAUGAUAUCCUGAAUAAAUGAUGUUGUAAAUUGA